CAGGCACAUUUUUAGAUGGAAAUUACUCCCCCCCGGCACCCGCGGACCUUGACAAAUGGCCCUGGGCUGGAGCUGAUUGGCUCUGGGCACCCCUGGGCAACUUUAAAUUUCGGCACAGGGCACAGAGCCCCCAGCAUCGCCUGCGGAACUGGGCUCCAAGCAGCACAGGAGCCGGUCAGGAUGCGUGCAGCCCUCUUCUGCCUCUGCCUGCUGGGCACCGUGCUGCCCACGCCCGUGCCACCUUCGGCCAGGGCAAGAGGAAACUGCCCUGGACAGCACCAGAUACUGCUGAAAGGUUGCAACGCCAAACACGGCUUCUACAUCUUCAAUUACUUGUACUCCAUCUUCACACAGAAGAACCAGACACAGGUCAAGAAAGAAGAAGGUAACCACCAGGGCACAAUCCAUGGCCGCUGGCUGGGUAAAGUGGAUGGGGAGGCCCCGGGGCAAGGCAUUGGAAGCAGCCAUGUACCAGAGGACCAGGACAGCCCCAAGCCCCACAGCCACAUCACUCCAGCAAGCAAAGGGGAAGGCCGUGCUCUGCGCCCCAGUAUUGGUGACAGCAGUGGUGUGCAUCCCACCUCGACCAGUGUGGAAGGCAGUGGCGACAUGGGUUUGAUGUUGCUGGGGGAGAUCAUCGAUGGUGAAGAUGGCCUCCCCCAAAGCGCCCACCCUGAUGGACUUCAUGGAGAUGGCAAUGGUGGUAACGGUGUUACACUGGGGGUCCUGGUGGAUGGGGCUGUGACAGAAGGGAGGGAGAGGGCCACUGAUGUUGAGGGGGCUAGGGGUGAGGGUGGCAGCCAUGCCACUGUGCCUGACCAAGGGCAGGUGGGCACUGUGGGGACGGGAGACUCUGCCAUCACCUCUGUCACCAAGAAGGAGGACGUCCACGUGGAUGCGGAAGGCAUAGAUGAGUUCGCAUACUUCCCCGAUGUCACCAUCACCCAGGGACUGGACAGUGAAACACAUAUCUCUCCGGAGGACGAGGUGAAGAUUUUCAUUGGAAGGGCCAAUAUCCAAGUGGGUGAGAAUGACAGCAGCGUAGGCGGCACUGGUGCUACCAGCGAGGCCAAUGUCAUCCCUACGGUGGUAACUGCCAGGUCCCAGGGACAUCCUGAGGAAUCGGUCACCAUAGCCACCCUGCACCAUGGGGACAGUGCCACCAGCAGCCCUGGGGGCCACCCUUCUGCAGGAAACAGUGGUGCCACUGCCAUCCACAGCAGACAAGAGCUGGGGGCCCCGAGCCCCUGGGAGAGCACUGACGGCGAUGUCACUGUCACCAUGGCAGCCGGUGGCCAAAGUGUCAAGGGGAGAAGUGGGCAGAGGCCAGUGGGAAGACACAAUCUUCCACCCACCAUGACAACUCAGGGUGCCAGACGCACAGCCUCCUCAGGGCUGACUACGGGGGACUGCAGCACUGCUGCCAGCACACCACCCGAGAAAGGGAGCCAGGCGGCCACUGCAGGGCAAGGAGAGAGCAGGGAGGUGGGGACAGCAGACACAGAGAGGCACAGGGCCAGGGUCCAGCAAGAGGUGGCACCAGCACCUGGUGUAGUGGGAGGAAUGGUGGCACCUGAGGGGCACAGGGCCAGGGUCCAGCAAGAGGUGGCACCAGCACCAAGCAUGGUGAGGACAGCAGCCCCAGAGAGGCACAGGACCAGAGCCCAGCAAGCAGUGGCACCAGCACCUGGUGUGGUGGGAGGAAUGGUGGCCCCAGAGAGGCACAGGACCAGGGCCCGGCUAGAUUCAGCCAGGCUGGGACAAGCACUGAGGCCAGAAGUGGCACCAGCACCCAGCAUGGCGGGGGGAAUUGUGGCCCCAGAGGGGCACCGUGCCAGGGGAUGGCCAGGGGCACCACCAGUACCUGGAGUGGUGGGGGUGCCCAGGCCAUUCCCCAGCAGAGCCCAUAGUGGGGACAGAAGGGAUGCCAUAGGGACAGCCACUGAUGUGCGAGGGGAUCCCUGGGUGCGAGGCAGUGCCCAUCACCAGGCUCACCACAACAGGGGCAGUGUGGCGGCAGGAGGCUUUUCCCACCUGAAUGCAGGGCAAAGACUGGAGGGCCUGGCAGAGCUGGAGCAUUCCAGGCAGGUGGAGCAGGUGAGGCAUGCCGACCGGCUGCACCUGCAUGAGCGGGCCCUGUACAGCCUCAGCGGGGCAGGCGGCCCCCUGCAGCCCCCCGCAGCCCAUGCUGAUCCCUGGAGCACCGAGAGCAGCCAAUCUUUCGAAGGGCAGUGGGGCAGCCACAGUGACAGCGGUGAGGAGGAUGGUGAGCUCAGGGGGUACCCCCAUGGCCAAAGGUCCCUCUGAGGAGCACCCUGAAAAGUGUCAGGGUGAUGCAGCACCCUCUCGGCGGCAUAGGGUAGCACUGUUUUCGAGGAAAGCUGUGGGGAGAAAAGCCCUCCAACCUCAUCAUGCUUCUGGAGAAAUAAAGGCAUUUCUGUCACUACGA